GCGCUUUUGGUACGGCCCGCGCCGCCACCUUCCUUCGCUGGGGAGGCUGACCCCCUCCCAGUUGGCGGCUCUUGGUGCCGCCCGGGAGAACCAGGUCAUCGGCCAGUUCCCGUGAAAACAAAAACAAUCGGCGGCGCCGCCGCCGGCACCCGAACGCGGCGGGCCGAGGCCAGGGACGCGGCGCCUGGUGGGUUUGGGUGGGCGAGCUGGUGAGCGGGAGCAGCGGCGGGAGGCCGGGGUGCCAUGGGGCAGGUGGGCACGGGCUGCGCGGGGCUCCCCCGGCGCCGGGGCUAGCGCGCCCGCCGCCUCAGCCGUCCUCGCCGCCCGCCUGGGGGACGAGGAGCAGGAAGCGGCCCCGGCGGGGCCCGGGCCGAACGGCUGCGGAUACCCGGGCGCCGGAGAGCCGAACGCCGCCGCCUCCGGCAUGGAUCAGUGCGUGACGGUGGAGCGCGAGCUGGAGAAGGUGCUGCACAAGUUCUCGGGCUACGGGCAGCUGUGCGAACGCGGCCUGGAGGAGCUCAUCGACUACACCGGCGGCCUCAAGCACGAGAUCCUGCAGAGCCACGGCCAAGAUGCUGAAUUAUCAGGGACUCUUUCGCUUGUUUUGACUCAGUGCUGUAGAAGAAUAAAGGAUACUGUUCAGAAAUUAGCCUCAGACCACAAAGACAUCCACAGCAGUGUGUCUCGGGUUGGAAAAGCCAUUGAUAAGAAUUUUGAUUCUGACAUUAGCAGUGUAGGAAUAGAUGGCUGCUGGCAGGCAGACAGCCAAAGGCUUCUCAAUGAGGUGAUGGUGGAACACUUCUUUCGACAAGGCAUGCUGGAUGUGGCCGAGGAGCUCUGCCAGGAAUCUGGUCUUUCUGUAGACCCAAGUCAAAAAGAACCAUUUGUGGAGUUAAAUCGAAUAUUAGAAGCAUUAAAAGUCAGAGUUCUGAGACCUGCUCUAGAGUGGGCAGUCUCAAACCGAGAAAUGCUCAUUGCCCAGAACAGCUCCUUGGAAUUUAAGCUGCACCGACUGUAUUUCAUUAGCUUGUUAAUGGGCGGAACCACAAAUCAACGAGAAGCAUUGCAGUAUGCUAAGAAUUUUCAGCCAUUUGCCCUAAAUCAUCAAAAAGACAUUCAGGUAUUAAUGGGAAGCCUAGUAUACCUGAGGCAGGGAAUUGAGAACUCACCGUAUGUUCACCUGCUUGACUCGAACCAGUGGGCAGACAUCUGUGACAUCUUCACGCGGGAUGCCUGUGCUCUCCUGGGGCUUUCUGUGGAAUCCCCUCUCAGCGUCAGUUUUUCAGCAGGUUGUGUGGCACUGCCAGCUUUAAUUAACAUCAAAGCUGUGAUUGAACAGAGGCAGUGCACUGGAGUUUGGAACCAGAAAGAUGAAUUACCUAUUGAAGUGGAUCUUGGCAAAAAGUGCUGGUAUCACUCUAUAUUUGCCUGUCCCAUUCUUCGUCAGCAAACAACAGAUAACAAUCCACCCAUGAAAUUGGUUUGUGGUCAUAUUAUAUCAAGAGAUGCCCUGAAUAAAAUGUUCAAUGGUAGCAAGUUAAAAUGUCCAUAUUGUCCAAUGGAACAAAGUCCAGGAGAUGCCAAACAGAUAUUUUUCUGAAGAAAUGAAUUUGGUUUGCAAUUUGAAGAAAGCUGUGAUAGAUUCCAAAUUUGCUUUUUGAUGUUUUCCUCUGCUCCAGCACUUGCCUCAAAAUCAGCACACCUGCAUUUGAGCUCUGCUUGUAGCCCCAGUGGGCUGCCUGUUUAAAAUCCCAUCAUGAAUUUAGCAGGCUGGUGUGACAAGUCUUCCACUAGAACAGAGUGGAAGAAGUAUUGUGGGUUUUUUUUUUCCCUUUUAUUGCCAAGAGGUGCUUGUUUUUAAAGUGUGUUCAAUAAAUGAAAUUCUGAAGUUAGAAGUGUUCUUAAGUUAAUAUAUAUGCUCUCUUGGUCUUGGUAGCCUCUCCUUUGAAAUCUGUCUUCAGGACUUGGCUAUGUGUUGCAUCUGUAUAUCACUACAGACACAGUGUUGUGCAUGUAUGUGUGUAGAUACUGUGCACCAGCAUCAAACAUUGUGCAUCUGGAAGGGAAGUAGCAUGUUCCAGUCCUACAAUGCGGUUACCAGACCCAUCACUUUUAAGUCCUUCAAGUUAGAUGCUAACAAUUUUUCUGUAGUGCAGAAUAUGUUCACUGCUGUUUUUGUGUUUGAUUUGUGUACUGGUCAAUGACUCUUCUGCAAAGUGUAUCAUCUCAUUGACUGUGAAGCUGUAUAUUAUUCAAAUGGCUACAGAUAACGAUCUUUUCUCUUGUGAGGUAUCUUCAUUUAAUGCACUGUCCAGAAAGAGCCAUGUGUAAGAAUCUUUUUCUGUAUGAGAAACUACAUGGAAAAGACUUCUGCGGACAUAAUUCUGACUUAAACUCAUGAAGUUAUUUCAUCAUGAGAAGAUUGUUAUAUGGAAAUCACCAAAUACUUUCCAGCUUUUUUUUUCCAUCUGACAUGGAACUGAACCAUGAACAUAGGAAUACUCUGAUGAAUGAAAAAAAUCAAAAAGCAAGGAGACUUUGACAUUUUAAACUACAAGUGGACUUAGAUCAAGGGAAGGGGGAAAAUGACAGAUUUGGUGCUAAGCUCAUGGGAAAUUGGCAGCAUUCACAGUAGCACAUCAGCCUGGCUGGUUUAUUCUGAAUUAUUCGCCUGGGAGAGCUGGGAUUUGCUUGUGGAAAAAAAGAGACUGCAGAAACCCUGCAUGUCACCCCUGUGUUAUCUUAUGGUUCCUGCUGAUUCCAGUGUGCUGUGAAGCUAGCUAGGAAUCACAGUCGGUGCCCCUUCGAGUACUUGCUUUGUCCAAACUCAUUCUGACCCACAGUGAUGUUUGUGUCACUGUUGGGACUUCAUAUAAAAAAGUCCCCCUCUACUAAAGAAGUGAAGGAAGGUCUCAGACCAAGUUGUUGGAGUAUAGGAAAAAAGUUGAGCGUUCCAGGCAGUACUCAGUCUAGGGUGUAGGCACGAUUUUAUAUAUAUAUAUAGUCUUUCCUUUGAAUUAAAUUAUUGAGUGUCAGUUUUUUAAAACUUUUUCUCCCCAGGCCAAAUUUAGCUUUAUACAUAGUUUAUUAUCUCCUUUCCACCUCAAACAUCUACAUGACGUCAUUGAAGUUUCAUACAAGGUUUGAGCAAAACAGAUAAGCUAUAGAGCUGGUAGUCAAUUUUUUUUUUUUGUAGCAAACCCUUUUGCACAGUUGGCUAAAGCCACUUUUAAGGACAAAGCCUCUGUUUUAUCCCUCUCCUGAUGUUAGGAAUCUUAUCAACAGUUUCCUAGGCAGCUCAUGAAACUUUAAGGAUGACAUGCUUUAUUUAACAAGCAUUUGACUUUACAGCUUUUUUUGGUCCUGUAGUCUCACUGGGCAGGAAAAGGGCCAAAAGAUAUUGACACUCUUGGUCAGACAAUUUAUCAUUAUGUCUGUGAUCUUCUUUAAGUGCAUGGACUUAAAAUCUAUAGGAGACUAAAUGUACAGGAGGAGUGGAUUUGAAGAGGCUAGACCUUAACCAAAGAUGCCAGAGUACAACAUUACGUCCUUUCUAUUCUAGAAAACACCUUCACAGUGGUGUUAGGACCAUAUCAUCAUUGAUGCUGCAUGCACAGUGGCAUGUAGGGUAAUGCUAUUGGUUUCUUCCUGUCUCUCCCAGCAAGAGGCAAUGACAAAGCCAAGUUAGACUAACUUAACGUACAUUGGAAACUUUCAGAAUGGUGUCUUAAGCUCCUUUAAGAGCCAUUUCCAUUACCAUUUGUGAACAAAGGCCAUGGGAUUAUAUUAAACCAAUAAAUCUUUUAUUAGCAAAUCUCUAGAUCUCAACUUGGCCAACACAUCUGUAUUUUCUAGCACUCUUCAUAGUGGCUAAGGUUGCUUUUUUUUAUCUAUUUUUUUCCUCCUUUGCAUUGUCAUUGCAAAUGAUGUUUCUGUUUUACUGAUGAUUAUAUGAUACUUCUAAUACAUAAAUGAACGGGUAUUGGUGCCUCUUUAUUUUAAAGAAUUUGAAGAGCCACCUCAUUUAUAGGGUGUGUGUUUUGUGAGUGUGUGAGCAUUUAAUUGAAAAUAAAGUUACGAAUUACAUCUUUGUUUCAAUUUUUCUGUAGCAGCUAAAGUGCACGGAGACACUAAAACCCACACCAAAUCACGUGGGGAUGAGGAUCCUUUUUUUCUUUUCUUCUGUCCAGGUGGUCCCACAGGUUAUGCAGUUCAUAUUCAGUAUUCUCCAUGUUCUAAGUAACUUCCACCUCAAUGGUGUCAGUCUUUGAGAAAAGCUAAGAACUCUUGGUUUAGCCAUACAAGAGGAGCUACUGGUAGACUAAUAUUUACCCUCUGGCUUUCCAGCACAACCUUUGAUAAAGUUGACUGACAGCCAGGCUGAUCAGUCUGUUUAGUCAUCAGACUCGGGUUAUCUUCAGGGAAGGUACGGAGGCAUGGUUUGGUUCAUUUUAUCACUCAGAUGUAGAAAGUGAAGACAAACCAAAUAGCUUUCAUCACUUUACGUACAUGAUCUGUGGUAACACUAGAGUGCACUCAAGUACAUAGUAAGGAACACUUAAAAGGCUUGUUAUUUCAUAAGCCUGUGGUAGGUUUUAUGUGGUUCAGCAGUGUUUACCAUAAACAGGUACAGGCUUCAUGAACUUUUUAUAUUAAAUUAUAAUUGACCAUAUACCAAAAAUAGAAUGACAUGUAUUUUAAUAGCAGACGAAGCAGUUAGUUUGAGGGUGAAUUUUCCACUGUUAAUUUUACUUUAAAAAAUAGCAAGAGAAACAAAAAUUUUUGUUUUUUAAGACUACAGUUUUAAACUGUAGUGAGCACAUGCUUCAUUUACUUCCAAAGAGGUGAAAGCAGCUGGAAUUGGCUUGCAGCACAUGCUUUGUUUCUUGGUGUGAAUGAGGCUGUGCACAUGUUUUAGCGGUCACUUAACCUCCUCUAGCCAGGCAAAUCUGGGGUUCACUAGGAUUUAGUGCCUGAUCUUUUCUUUGGGGAAAGGGUGAGAGUGAAUGUAUGAGGGAGGGAGGGAAGCAGGAAAAGGAAAUGGAAGCGUGAAUGAGUGUGCAUGUGUUUAGGAAUUCACCCUCACCCCACGUGUGUCUAGCAGAGACAGGUGACUAAUGUGUUCGCUCAUGACUGCAGUAUGCAUGUAUUUUUUUUUUCCUCCGUGUUUUCUAGACCUACACUAAAAGGAUUCAUCAAAUCAUCUUGUUCAGAUGGCUCAGGAUUGUAUGUCUUUUGCUUACCCUGUGCUCUUGGGUCCUAUAAUAUUUCUAUAAUUAUGUAAUAAGAAUAGUGUUGCACUGUAUUCUAUCGUAUAGAGCUAUAUGUAUGGAAAAUUUUGAUCAGUUUUUUUAAGAGAUGUAUCCUGUUCGCAAAGGCACAAUAAAGUUGCAUCUUCUAGACUAUAGGCAAUAAAGUUAACAAUAAACCUUAUUUAACACAAACCAUGCUCAUCUUCUCUGCUCAUUUGAUUUUGGAAAAGAAAGUCUAUUAUAUUCCAGUAGUUUCAGGGAUUUCAUUUAACUUUAAAAAUUCUGAUAUAUUUAAUUUAUAAAUUUCGGACUGAUAUAAUAGAAUUUUGGAAAACUAAGAAAUGCUUUGUUAAUGUGUGUAUUCCUAUGUAAAACACAUGGCUCCUGUGUAUAUUUUUUAAAAAUUAAAGAAAUGCACAUC